AAUUUUCAUUCUCUUCCAACGUUAACUCUGUUUCUUCUUUCUCUGUCUUUCCCUUUUUAUUAUAAAACCAUCCUUUCCCUUCUCUCUCUCUUUCCCAACGACUGGUCUUUCUUUGUCUGUUCUUCCAAAUCAAAUCAAUUCUUCUUCUAACUUUUAAAAAUCUCCAUUUUUGAUCAUUUCUUUAACUACCCUCUCUUUGAUUCAAGAACCCCUUUCGUUUCUGUGUUUAUAUUUCAGAAGAUCUGGGGGAGAAGACAUAUUAGAUUUCUGGGUUCGUUUGUUUUUCUGCAAACAAUUCUAGGAAAUUACGUUUCUUUUUGUUUUUCCGUCUCUGGGUUCUCUUUUAAAUGGUGGUGAAGAUGAUGAAGUGGCGACCGUGGCCACCGCUGGUUUCGAAGAAGUACGAGGUGAAGUUGAUCGUGAGGAGGCUGGAAGGGUGGGAUCCGGUGAGGCAAGAUGAGGAGAAGCCGGAGAAAUUAACGGUGGAGAUUCGAUGGAAAGGUCAGAAGGCAUCCCUGAGUUCUUUGAGGCGAACGGUGAAGAGGAAUUUCACGAGAGAAGUCGAAGGCGUUGACGCAAACGACGCCGUUUCGUGGGACGAGGAGUUUCAAACCCAUUGUAGCUUAUCGACUUAUAAAGACAACGCGUUUCAUCCAUGGGAGAUCGCUUUCUCUGUCCUCAAUGGCUUGAACCAGGGACCUAAGAACAAGUUUCCUGUCAUCGUCGGGACGGCAUCGUUGAAUCUCGCUGAAUACGCUUCUUAUGCCGAACAGAAAGAGUUUGAGUUAAACAUCCCGGUCAUGGUCUCCGCCGGUGCUGCUGAGCCUGGUCCGCUACUUUACAUAUCGCUUAACCUGUUGGAACUACAAACUGCUCAAGAAGCCACUGAGCCGGUACAAAGAGCAUUAGUGCCUGUUGCAUCGCCUGUCCGAUCUGGAGAAACGGUCUCGAUGGAAAAGGAUGAGGUUUCCGCGAUUAAAGCUGGUCUUAGGAAAGUGAAAAUUUUCAAAGAGUAUGUUUCUACCAGGACAGCUAAAAAGGCCUGUCGAGAGGAUGAUGGCAGUGAAGGAAGGUGUUCCGCCAGGAGUGAUGGUGAGUAUCCAUUGGACACAGAUUCACUUGAUGAUUUUGAGGGAGAAUCGGAUGAGGGCAAGGGUGACUCUAUUGUCCGGAAGUCAUUUAGUUACGGUACUCUGGCGCAUGCAAACUAUGCUGGAGGAUCGUUUUAUUCCAGCAUGAAGAUCAACGAGGAAGGUGAGGAUUGGGUGUACUACAGCAAUCAUAAAUCUGAUGUUGGCUCCUCAAACGUCAAGGAUUCCGCUGCAUCAGUGUCGGAGCCAUCCUUGCUGUCAAGUUCGAAGCGCAGCAUUUUGCCUUGGAAAAAAAGGAAGCCGAGCUUCAGAUCUCCAGAAGUUAAAGGGGAGCCAUUGUUGAAGAAAUCUUAUGGAGAAGAAGGUGGGGAUGACAUUGAUUUCGACCGCCGCCGUCAACUUAGCUAUGAUGAAUCCCAUGCACUUGGGUGGCACAAGACGUAUGAAGAUUCAUCUGCAAAUAGUUCAUCGGUUUCUGAUUUUGGGGACGAUAAUUUUGCAAUCGGCAGUUGGGAACAAAAGGAAGUGGUAAGCCGUGAUGGGAACAUGAAGCUUCAAGGUCAAGUCUUCUUUGCUUCUAUUGAUCAACGGAGUGAGAGAGCAGCAGGUGAAAGUGCAUGUACUGCCCUUGUUGCUGUCAUUGCCGAUUGGUUUCAGAAUAACCGUGAUCUGAUGCCAAUUAAGUCUCAAUUCGAUAGUUUGAUCAGAGAUGGCUCGUUGGAAUGGAGGAACCUCUGUGAGAAUGAAACCUAUAGGGAGCGGUUUCCUGACAAACACUUUGAUCUCGAGACGGUUCUCCAAGCGAAAAUACGUUCUCUAACUGUAGUUCCAGGAAAGUCCUUUAUCGGGUUUUUCCAUCCAGAGGGGAUGGAUGAGGGAAGAUUCGACUUUUUGCAUGGGGCAAUGUCUUUUCAUAACAUCUGGGAUGAGAUUAGUCGUGCCAGUGAAGAAUGUCUUAAUAAUGGUGAACCACAGUUAUACAUCGUUAGUUGGAACGACCAUUUUUUCAUCCUGAAGGUCGAAACUGAAGCUUACUACAUAAUCGACACAUUGGGAGAGAGGCUUUAUGAGGGAUGCGAUCAAGCUUACAUCUUGAAAUUCGACAGCAGUACCGUAAUUCACAAGCUAGCUAAUACGGCUCAAUCAGCGGAAGAUAAACCAACUGGUGAUGAGAAGAUCGCAACAGCUGCAACCAAACUGAAAAGUUCACAGGUUCAACAGGUCAAUGGAAAGGAAGACGGUUCUGUUGUAGGGUCCAUAGCAACCAAGCCCGAGGAAUCGGUUAAGAAUGAGGAUGGUGAGGAGGUUGUUUGCCGGGGAAAGGAGUCUUGCAAGGAAUACAUUAAGAGCUUUUUGGCUGCUAUACCUAUCAGGGAAUUGCAGACAGAUAUCAAGAAGGGUUUAAUGGCUUCAACACCGUUACAUCACCGACUACAGAUCGAAUUCCACUAUACCGAGUUCUUCCAACCACGACCCAAGACUUCCACAACUCCGAUGACAACCGUUACUCAAAUGACAACAGCCGAAUGGCAGUUGGCCGAAGCUCCGUUAACCGAAGUUGCUGCAUAGAGACUUACUGUAAAAUGAGUAAAUCCUAGGAAAAGUGAUGAUUUACCCUAACCUGUUUUCUCUCUCUUUAGCUAUGAGUAUCUUAUGAUGUGAAUGCAGUUUAAUUUAACCAAGAGGAACUCUUUGGACUCGA